AUUAGAUUUAGAAUCAUUAAAUUUACAAGAUAAAGAAAUCCAAUCCGAUCAAUUAAAGAAAUUAGAAAUGAUAGGAAGUGGAGGAUUUAAAGAUGUCUAUAAAGGAAUUUAUAAAAGAGUACAAGUAGCGAUAGCCGAUAUCAGAGGACAUUUAACCGAGAUGGAUUUAAAAGAAUUAAGAAUCUUACGAGAUUUAAGACACGAGAAUAUUGUACGGUUCAUCGGAGUGUCUGUACCGGAAGAUCCAAGGAAUGUACCGAUGAUGAUUGUUAGUGAGAUUUGUACGAAUGGAGAUUUGUUUGAUUAUAUUCGAUCGAUUCCUUCACCUGGUUUAUUGAAGAUCUUGGGGAUCAUGAAGGAUCUUUCGAAAGGAUUGGAUUACCUUCAUUCUAGAGAUCCGGUGAUUAUUCAUCGAGAUUUGAAGUCUAGUAAUGUGUUGAUUACGUCUAGAGGGGUGGCUAAAUUAAAUGAUUUUGGUUUAGCUAGGAUUAAGAAUUCGACUAGGUCUAUGGUGAAAUCUUUGGUUGGAACAGUUAAUUGGCAAGCACCCGAAUUAUGGGUUGCUCAUCCACGUUAUAAUGAAAAAGUAGAUGUUUAUUCUGCUGGAUUAGUUUUAUGGGAAAUGUUACAAUGGCAUCAACCGAUUAAACGGUACCCAUUCGAAGGACAAAAUGAACAUGCGAUUUAUCAAGACGUAGGACAAAGACAAUUAAGACCAUCUACAGCAGGAAUGAGAAGACAUUGGGGAGAUGAGAUUGUGAAUCUGAUUGAAUUACUUUGGAAUCAGAAUCCUAUUGAUCGACCUGAGAUGAAGUUUACUAUUAAGAGAUUGGAUGAAUUGAUUGAGAUUGAGAAGAAUAAAAAGGUUGGGAAAUGAGGUCUUUGGGGGGUUUGGGAUUCGGAUUCGGAUUCGGAUUCGGAUUGGGAUUGGGAUUGGAUGGUAGGAUGGUGAGGGAUGGUGAGGGAUGAAAGAGGAUGGUGAGGGAUGAAAGAGGAUGGUGAAGGAACAGAGGAUUUUGAUUGUGAAAUUUUCUUUUUUUUGGGUUUCUUUUUUUAGAAAAAAAAAUCGUUUGGUUUCUGUUUGAUCUAUAAAGCUUCUAGAUUUAUGUUCGAGUUAGAUUAGUUAGAUUAGUUAGAUUAGUUAUUAGAUUAGUUCAUUGAUUGAUAAAAAAUUACAUUACCCCAGUAUAUAUUUCUUACUUCUUCUAUGGACAUUUUAUAUUAUUAUAAUCUUUGUCUUUCGUUGGUUCUACUUUUUUUUCUGUGUGUUUGUUUGUUUGUUUCACUUUACAAGAAUAUAUAUAAAAAAAUUUCUUUUAUUUGUAAAUGAUUUGAAGAAACAGAAAAAAGAAAAAAGACAAAGACAAAAGGGGAUGAAAGUGGUUAUGUAAUGCAAUGUAAUCUAGAUGAUGUUUGCUUG